AUGGCACCUAACGUCUUCCCGUUACCGGGAGUCGAGCAUGGCAAACGUAUUCUCACCGCGGUGAUCGAACAGCGAGCCAAAAACGAUGCUGAUAGCGCCUGGAUGUCUGUUCCGGUAGACGAGAUGAAUCUUUCUCUAGGUUACCGGGACAUCACUUUCAGGCAACUAGACAAUGCUGCCAACCAUGCCGCCCACUGGUUGAGUCAGAAUCUCCCCGCUUCUGAGCCGUUUCAGAGCUUCGUCUACGCCGGUCCCAAGGAUCUACGGUAUUCCCUUCUGGCUGUAGCGGCAGCCAAAGUGCAGAAGGUGAUGGUACUUAUAUCACCAUUAGUCACGGCAAAGGCCCAGUUGCAGAUUUGUGAAAGAAUAGGGUGCACGCUUUAUCUCAGACCUGUGGAAAUGGCUGCUGCUGUGGCAGGAGKCUUGGAUGGCAUCUCACAUAUCCAGACUAUUACGGUACCGGCUCUGGAUCAAUUUCUAAUUGAAGAAGAAGCUCGCCCGGUAAACUAUCGAAAGUCCUGGGCUGAAGGAAAGGACGACCCUUGGUUGGUAUUUCACACCUCAGGAACAACGGGAAAUCCUAAACCCAUCAUCUAUUCACACCAGAUGAUGGCUGGUGUUGAUGUGGCAGCCUCCCUGGACGACGUCGAGGCCACUCACAUUCACCAGUACAUGCAACGAAGAUGGUAUACUCCUUUGCCGUCACUACAUUUUGUUGGGAUGCUCAUGGCACUGGCCAUGACGACCUUUCUCCAUAUGACAGCAGUUAUUGGACCCUCUCAGCCACCGUCCCCAGAAACCAUCGCCGAUGUCCUGCGCUACGGAUCCGUCGAAGGUGCCCUGCUUCCUCCAGCGCUCAUUGAUGGCCUCUGCCUCUCCCCUGCCGGCCUCCAAGCCCUUCGAGACCUAAAAUAUAUUCACUAUGCUGGUGCCCCGCUGUCCGCGAAGUCUGGAAACCUUCUUAUUCCAUAUGUGCAUGUCGUGCCCUGCAUUGGCAGCACUGAAGCCGGCGGUUACUUUACAAUUAUCCAUAACAUACCAGAUGCAUGGGAUUACGUUUCCUUUCAGAAACAUGCGGGAGCCAUCUUCGAAAAGCGAUUGGGCAACCUGCACGAGCUUGUUUUUGUCCGUGAUCCUAACUGUGCAAUGCAGCAGAUCUUCUCAGUGUAUCCAGACCACGAUCGAUUUGAGACGAAGGAUCUGUGGGUUGAACAUCCUACUCACAAGGGUCUAUGGAAGAUUAUUGGCCGGAGCGAUGAUUAUGUUUGUUUCUCUCACGGAGAUGGCUUACAUGCUUCGCUCCUAGAGCCAGAGAUUACGGCUCAUCCACAUGUUAAAAACGCACUAAUUGGGGGAAAUGGGAGGCCGGGACCAGUGCUUCUUGUGGAGCUUGUUGAGAGUAUAGACAAUGUCGGAGAUCGCAAGGCGCUGAUAGAGGGAUUGCGCCCUUACGUUGAGAAAGUUAACUCUCAGUGUCAUGAAUCCGUUCAAAUUUCGUUGGAGAGGAUUGUCAUUGCUUCAAAGGAGAACCCAUUUAUUACAACAACCAAAGGAAGCGUGGCGAGAUUGCAAACCUUGAAUUUGUAUGAAGACGAGAUUGCUGCACUUUUUCCUUAG